AUGUUACCGAUGGAAAAACGACAUAUCUAUGAUCAGUUUUAUACCCCAGCACUGUAUCGUGCUGAAUUUGAGGCUAAACCAAUGGUUCUAUUCCUUGGACAGUAUUCGGUUGGUAAAACAUCGAUGAUCAAAUUUCUCUUGAACGGAGUGGAAUAUCCAGGUAGCAUGAUUGGACCGGAACCGACGACGGAUUGUUUCACAGUUAUCUAUCAUUCCGCCAAUGCAACUACUGUUAUGGGAACAUCACUUGCAUCUGAUAACACAUUGCCAUUUCAGUCAUUAAAUAUGUUCGGUUCGGCAUUCCUGACACGAAUGCGUGGUGCAACACUUCCGGUCAAAUUAUUAGAACACAUUACUUUCAUGGAUACACCCGGAAUAUUGUCGGGUCAAAAGCAGCGUUCUUCUCGAGGCUAUGAUUUUGCAUCUGUUGUAAAUUACAUUGCUGGAAAGGUUGAUAUGAUCGUCCUUCUCUUUGAUACUUCAAAAUUGGAUAUCAGUGAUGAAUACAAGCAAGUGAUACAAUGUCUCAAAGGUAACGAAGAAAAAAUUAAAAUAGUGCUCAAUAAAGCAGACCAAGUGGGAGCAGCAGAGCUUAUUCGAGUUAGAGGUGCAUUGAUGUGGAGUUUAAGUCGAAUCCUUGAAUCACCAGAAGUUCCUAAAGUUUUCAUCGGUUCUUUUUGUACCGCCGAUUCUAAAGACUCAAUUAGUUCCGAAGUGCAUCAAAUUUUCACUCAAGAAUAUAUUGAUUUCUUCGAUGAAUUAAAAUUAUUACCAUCGAGUUGUAAUGUACGUAAGCUAAACGAUAUAAUCAAACGUGCCAAGAAAUUAAAAAUUCAUGCGCUUAUUAUGGAAUAUCUUCUGAAGAAGAUGUGGUGUAAGUCAAGUGGUGAACUGAAGCGUGUUGUAACACAACGUAAUUUGCUUCAAAUAUUGGGUGAUUUCAAGUAUCGUUUACGUGUUGCAGAAAGCGAUUUACCCGACAUACUGGUACUGCUCUUUCUGGAAAAGGCCCAUUUAUCAUAUAUCAAAGGGUGGAACAAAGUGGACGAGGAAAUGAUGCAUAAUUUGGAUCAAUUUAUCAAUGAGGACAUACCCAGAAUGGUAGCAGCUGUCCAAAGCAAAGAUAAAAAGAUCGAAAUUCCGAGUGUCCUUGAAAAUCUACACAAGAAUCUAAUGAAUAAAAGAGUAUUGGAAGAGAAGAAAUCGAAGAGAAGUAGGAAAUCUAAGCCAAGUAAACAUAAGUCCAAAAGAGAUAAACCGGAAUCUAAACCAGACAAACCAACAUCUGAAGAAGAGAAACGACAGAAAUCUAAAAGCGAUAAACCGGAAUCUAUAAAAGAUAAACCAAAAUCUGAAGAAGAUAAACCGGAAUCUAAAGGCGACAAACAGAAUUCUAGUGAAUAUAAGAUUAACAGCAACCAGUAA